AAAGGCGGCGCUGUAAACUUUCAAGUCUUGCGCGGAAAAUUAGCUCCCUCUCCGCCCCGCGACUGUCCGAGCUCGGUGACGUCAUCCGACGGGCCAAGCCGGCUUCUUGUUACCAUAGAAACAGAAAGCGUUCUCUUCUACAGCUGAGGCUUUGUGUCACUCCUUUUUCCUUCCCGCUUGGACACCACCGGACCGCUUUAGUUGUCACACUCCUUUUUCGGCGGAAACGUGGUUAGGAUUAUAGCGGAAGUGGGGGCGGCGUUUUUCCUCUUUCGUCCUGGCGGCUGAGGGAAGAUGACUAAGGGAACAUCCUCCUUUGGCAAGCGCCGCAAUAAGACUCACACUUUGUGCCGCCGUUGCGGGUCUAAGGCCUACCAUCUUCAGAAGUCUACCUGUGGGAAAUGCGGAUAUCCUGCUAAACGCAAGAGAAAGUAUAAUUGGAGUGCUAAGGCCAAAAGGCGCAAUACUACUGGGACUGGACGCAUGAGGCAUCUUAAAAAGGUUUACCGGAGAUUCAGGAAUGGAUUCCGUGAAGGGACAGCGCCAAAGCCUAAGAGAGCUGCUGUUGCAGCAUCCAGCUCAUCUUAAGGACUCAAUCGUCUGAUUAAAAUAAAUGGUGUCUUCUAUGGAAGAAAAA